GCAGAGGCGCCGCCGCUGUCCCGGGGCAAGCCAUGCCGCGCUUGUCUCUGCUCUUGCCGCUGCUGCUUCUGCUGCUGCUGCCGCUGCUGCCGCCGCUGUCCGCGAGCCUCGGGAUCCGCGACGUGGGCGGCCGGCGCCCCGAGUGUGGUCCGUGCCGGCCAGAGGGCUGCCCGGCGCCUGCGCCCUGCCCGGCGCCCGGGAUCUCGGCGCUCGACGAGUGCGGCUGCUGCGCUCGCUGCCUGGGAGCCGAGCGCGCGAGCUGCGGGGGCCGCGCCGGCGGGCGCUGUGGCCCCGGCCUGGUAUGCGCGAGCCAGGCCGCUGGGGCAGCGCCCGAGGGCACCGGGCUCUGCGUGUGCGCGCAGCGCGGCACCGUCUGCGGCUCCGACGGUCGCUCGUACCCCAGCGUCUGCGCGCUGCGCCUGCGCGCUCGGCACACGCCCCACGCGCACCCCGGUCACCUGCACAAGGCGCGCGACGGCCCUUGUGAGUUCGCUCCUGUGGUUGUCGUUCCUCCCCGAAGUGUUCACAACGUCACCGGGGCGCAGGUGGGCCUGUCCUGUGAAGUGAGGGCUGUGCCUACCCCAGUCAUCACGUGGAGAAAGGUCACGAAGUCCCCUGAGGGCACCCAAGCACUGGAGGAGCUGCCUGGGGACCAUGUCAAUAUAGCUGUCCAAGUGCGAGGGGGCCCUUCUGACCAUGAGGCCACGGCCUGGAUUUUGGGUCUUAGAAACAUUGAUCAUGGGAUGAUGGAAAAGUCAAAUAAUGGAUCUUUGUGCUUCAUGAAGAGUUGGAAAACCUGUGUGUGUAGAUGACCCCUUUUGUGUGUUUUUAAAAAUUAGAUGCAAACUAGAUUUGUAUGCAGAUGUAGUUUUUAGCAGGGCAAACAGUGAGAAACGGAUUUGCAUGUGGCUUUUUUAUACUUUUGAAAUGAAUUGUUCCAUGAGAAGUCUUUUUGUAAUUACUCUCUUCCAGGGAGAUCACAGAAUGGCAUGUUUGCAAUUUCUAAAGGGCUCGUGUCAGCUGUGAGUGUUUACCUCAUUUGUCUAUGACCUAUUAGUGGUGCUCUGUGACUUUGUGUUGUAGAAGGAGGGAUGAGGGUCCCAGCUGUCCUCUGCCUGACUGUAACUUGCUGUGUGACCUGAACAAGUCCCUUCCCCUCUCUGGGCCCUGGUCCCUUCAUCUGUGAGUAUGGCAUUUUAACUGCAUGUUAUCAAUGUCCCUUUUAGCCCUGCCAUCCUAGAGUAAGAUGGCCUUUUGGGAAAAUUACAGGAGGUGUGGUCUUAGUGUUCUUUCUAAAAUGGUAUUCCCUCAGAAACAAAUUCCAUUGCUUUGCCCCAGCAUGUGGACAGCUGGCUGUAGCUCUUCUGUUCCUAACUUUUUCCCUUUUAAGGAGAUUUAGUUUUAGGUGGGAUGCUUUACCAGACUCAGGAGCGCCUUGGCUGGGUCUUUGGAGACCAGAGCAUCCAUUUGUUAGCCUAGCAUUCUCUUUUUUAAAAUUUUAUUUUGAGACAGGGUCUCGCUCUAUCACCCAGGCUGGAGUGCAGUGGCGUGAUCACGGCUCACUGCAACCUCCACUUUCUGGGCUCAAGUGAUCCUUCCACCUCAGCCUCCUGAGUAGCUGGGACCACAGGCAUGCCCCACCACAUCCAGCUAUUUUUUUUUUUUUUUUUUUUUUUUU